GCCGUGACCCCGGAAGCAGUCUUGGGAGGCCUUGGAGGCAAGAUGGCGGCGCGGGGAGCGCUCGGCUCCAUGUGCCGGCGUCUCUGGCAGGGUUCAAGGAAUUUUUCUAUAAACUCUUCUAAGAGCAGUACAGCCAGAAAUGGUGGCUUUCUCCUCAGUACCAGUAUGAGAUGGGUACAGUUUUCAAACCUACACGUUGAUAUUCCCAAGGAUUUGACCAAGCCUAAGAUAACCAUCUCUGAUGAACCAGAUACAUUAUAUAAGCGCCUGUCAGUUUUAGUAAAAGGCCAUGAUAAGGCUGUAUUGGACAGUUAUGAAUAUUUUGCAGUGCUUGCUGCGAAAGAACUUGGUAUCUCUAUUAAAGUACAUGAACCUCCAAGGAAAAUAGAGCGAUUUACUCUUCUCAAAUCAGUGCAUAUUUUCAAGAAGCACAGAGUUCAGUAUGAAAUGAGAACACUUUACAGAUGUUUAGAGUUAGAACAUCUAACUGGAAGUACAGCAGAUGUCUACUUGGAAUAUAUUCAGCGUAACUUACCUGAAGGAGUUGCCAUGGAAGUGACAAAGACCAAAUUAGAACAGUUACCAGAACACAUCAAGGAGCCAGUCUGGGAAACGGUACCAGAAGAAAAAGAAGGCAAGUCCUAAAGUCUCAGCGAGUCUGCUGGUGCUGGCCUUUGACCCAAGAGGAGGUCAGAAAUGUAUGUUGAGAUAGAGAGGCUCGACCAUGAGUCUACCUGACUGCUGCGUGGAGCCCGCGUGACCGCACAUGCCCUGAUCAGCUCACAGCAAGGGGCCGAACUUCAGUGACACACUGGACUAGAGUGAAAAAACCACUUGACCUGUUCUUCUGUACACUCAUCCUUUCAGUUCUGAUUUUAACAAAUGUGAGCAAACCACUUUGACUGCUGUGCGCCAAGAGAAUCGAGUUUGUAUUUUGUUACUCUGUUACUGUUCAGUGAUUAGAUCGUGCGGAUUUUAAUCUGUUUCAUUUCAUCUGAAAGUCAAUCUUUGAAAUAUUCCUUACACACAUUUUCCCUUUUGAGCCACCUAGAAGGAACCUUUGGUUAACUUGGUUAGUUCAACACCGAACAGUUAAAGUUCUUCCCAUUUACCUCAGUGCUAGCUGGCAAAUGCUAGUUUAGGGAUGGUAACCUCCAAAUUUUACCUCAUUUAAGCGUGACAUUCUUGAACAUGAAUGUAGUGGGCAGCGUCUCAUGCACUGAACUCCUCUUGUGGCCCAGACCCUCACCAGGCCGCUUGGAAGGCUCACUGUUGCGGAAUCUGAGCUCUCGAGAAAUCACUGUAUCACCUUUAUCAUCCUGUGAUUCAUUCACUCAGGAGGCUUUUGUUAGCUCUGUAACUAGCACUGUAGAAAAUACCAAACAGUAAAUGGAAUAAUGGCUUUUGAAAACUGUACAGGGCACAGAUAAAUAUUUUUCCUUAUUAAACCCCAUGUUGACAAGGCCUCUUUCUUUUGGUAAAUGGCAUUCUUUCUCUUUGGAGAGGUCUACUUUUCCAUGAAAUUAAAUCGGAGUUAAAAGCCUGAAAGAGGCAAAGCUACCAUGUGCUGGAACUGCUGGUAUAGGAACCCCAAGGGAGCGAUUGGUUUCCUUUCUACAGCACAAUCUGAUCCGUGUCUUUUUGUUGUUUCCUUCCCAUCUUUGGGGUCGUUAUGACUUCUCAGUUUUUCUCCCCUUAAACUGGCAUCCCGGGCCCCUUUUCCCCGGCCCACUCUCAGGUAUCGGUGCUUUGAAUGCACACUGCUUAGGCAUCAGACUUCUAGUGCUGUCAUUAACAUGAAAAGAGUUACAGCCUUGUGCCCAUGACCUCACUCAGUUUCCCACUCAGUGGUCGAUGGUGUCAUUCACGAGUGUGUAAGGCACACUUAUCCCAGGUCUAAGCCUCGACAUCAAGAACUAGUCAAUAAAACAAGAGUGAUGUAACAGAACUGUAUCUAGCAAAGCCACAAUCUGUGACCUCUUUUUACUUUAAAAGAAAUUCUUAAAUAUGGAUCAUUUAAGCCUUUUUUUAACGACAAUAUUAAUCACUGUAUCCUAAGGUGAUUUAUGCAAACUUGCCUCCAGUGACGGUCCUUGUGAGCUCUUUCAAAGGUAUGCAUCUCCUUAGAGUUGGUUUCUGACUAAAUCAGUCUAUAAACCAGAUUACUUAGCUUAGCACUUCAAAUUACAUAUUAAAAUCUUGUUUUAAGGUGAAUAUACAAAUAAACUA